UAGAUUUUUUGGAUCUCUACACGCGUUUCUUCGGGCAAAAUUGUGUAGUGUAUUUAUCCGUAUUUUUGGUAUUAUUGUGAAAUAUUUCCUAUCUUGAGCCACAUCUAAACUACUCCUUAGUUGCUGCGUAAACAUAUUCUGCCACUACAAUGUCUCUCCGAAACGUACGCAUCCAGAAACAUCUCCACCAACCAGCCGUGAACGCAGUUUCGGACGGUGCGGCGCGGAAGCGAAAGCUCAGUGAGGAGGAUGGCGUGGAGCAUAUGCUGAGCAAGGAGCGGAGGCUUCUGGUGUCGCCUGAGAAGGCCAAGCCGGCGCCACUGACGCUCAAGGAGAAGGAGAUUAUGCUGCAGACCUUCCGUCGUCUGGAGCCCACAGUGCCGCUCCUGGAGUCCCAGGACUGCCUCGUGCAGUCCAACUGGGACCUGGAGAGGGCCAGGCAGAUGGUGCGUGGGCGGACGGCGAGACCUCUGCAGCCCACGUCAUCCGCCUCAUCGACAUCUUCCGGAUACUCUUCCAGCGGCUCCUCGUCGACGAAGAAGGCGGCUCCCACGCCGCACGCGAAGAAGACGCACCACCACGAGUCGGUGAGCGAUGACAGUGAGGAUCCGGACGCCAAUCAGCCCACGGACAAGGUGUUCGACAGUGAUAUGGACAGUGACGAGGAGGCGCCGGAUUACAUGUCGAAAGAUCGCAAGGCUGUGCUCAAGUACAUCAACGAGUCGAAUCUGCAGCAGCUGGUGGUGAUCAAGACGUGCUCGCUGAAGAAGGCGCAGGCGCUCGUUGAGUCCCGUCCGUACGUGAAUUGGACCAGUCUCGUGAACACCGUGCAGAGCAAUCGUCACUUGUCCACGGAUAUUCUCAACAAUUGCCAGGAUCUGCUGAAGAGGCGCAAGAACAUCUCCACCAUCAUGAAGAAGUGCACGAAGAUGGUGAACAGACUGGAGAACGCGGUGUCCAAGGGCGCUGGGCUGAUGAAGCAGCCCGCAAUCCUCAAUGAAUCCCUGCAGUUGGCGGAAUAUCAGAUGAUCGGCCUCAACUGGCUCACUGUGAUGCACAAUGAGAAGAUGAAUGGCAUCCUGGCGGACGAAAUGGGCCUCGGGAAGACCAUCCAGGUGAUCGCCUUCCUGGCCUACCUCAAGGAGAACGGCCUGGCGAAGCGGACCCACUUGAUCGUGGUGCCCUCGUCCACGCUCAACAACUGGGAGCAGGAGAUCGUCAGGUGGUGCCCCACAAUUGUGAUGGAGAAGUACUAUGGCUCGCUGGAGGAGCGCAAGAAUCUCCGCAUCCGCUGGGCUCGCGGUGGCCUCGAGGGCGUUGACGUCGUGCUGACCACUUAUCACAUGGUGGCGUCGCUGCCAGAGGAGCGGAAGAUGUUCCGCACGACGCAGCUGCACUAUGUGGUGUUCGACGAGGCGCACAUGCUGAAGAACAUGACGACGCAGCGCUACGAGUACUUGGACAAGAUCAACUCCGAGCGGCGCAUCCUGCUCACUGGCACGCCGCUGCAGAACAAUCUGCUGGAGCUGAUGUCGCUGCUGUGCUUCGUGAUGCCGUCGCUGUUCGCCAAGCGCCAGGAGGACAUUCGCAAUCUCUUCUCGCGCAAUGCCAAGAACCAGGUGAAGCUGGAGGACGAGGAGGAGGGCAGCGCGAAUGGGAAUGGUAGCGAGACGACGUUCAAACAGAACCAGAUUGAGCAGGCGAAGAGGAUCAUGAAGCCGUUCGUGCUGCGACGCCUGAAGCGGGAUGUGCUGAAGUAUUUGCCGCCAAAGACUGACGAGGUGAAACUCAUUCCAAUGACAGAGGCUCAGGAGGAGAAGUACAGGCGUCUGGUGGAGAUGUACACGCUGGACUCGGGCGUGGUGAGAGGCACGGCGGAGCUGAAUGGGCUGUCGAUCAUGAUGGAGAUGCGGAAGCUGGCCAAUCAUCCGCUCCUCCUGCGCUAUCACUACACCGAUGGCAAACUCAGGGACAUUGCCAGGCGACUGGCGAUCGAUGGGCAGUUCAAGGCCAGCCAUCCUGACCACAUCUACGAAGACCUCCUGUGGCGCUCGGACUUCUACAUUCACCAGCUGACGCUCAAGUAUCGCACCAUUGCGGACUAUCGCUUGCCGAUGGAGUUGAUUGUGGAGUCGGGGAAGUUCCAUGUGCUGGACAAGAUGCUGCCGAAGCUGAAGGCGGACGGACACCGUGUGCUCAUCUUCAGCCAGUUCACCAUCAUGAUGGACAUCCUGGAGGCGUACAUGAAGAUUCGCGACAUCGACUGUCUGCGUCUCGAUGGGAGCACGAAUGUCAGCGAUCGGCAGGAUCUGAUUGACAGCUACAAUGCCAACAAUGACGUGUUCGUCUUCCUCCUGUCCACGCGCGCCGGCGGACUGGGCAUCAAUCUCACGGCGGCCGACACUGUGAUCAUCCAUGACAUCGACUUCAAUCCCUACAAUGACAAGCAGGCUGAGGAUCGCUGCCACCGCAUGGGCCAGACGAAGCCGGUGCACAUCUACAAGUUCAUCUCGAAGGGGACCAUCGAGGAGGGCAUGCAAAUGGUGGCGCAGGACAAGCUGAAGCUGGAACAGGAAGUCACCAGUGUGAACGAGGAUUCACCGGAGGAGGAGCGGAAAUGUAUGGUGAGGUUGCUGACAAUGUCUCUGGGCAUGAAUGCUGACAGAGCUGAGAAGCUUCUUGCGUCCGGCACGAAAGGGAGGAAGUUUGAAGAGUGA